AUGGCCAAGGUCAAGCCCUCCAAGGCCGUCACCAAGCCCGCCAAGGGCGCAGCUGCAUCCACCGCAGCUGCCGCUGCGGACAUUGACGACAUCUUUGCGUCUGGCCCGUCCAAGCCCGCAAAGGCCAGCGCCAAGGCGACCGACGGCGGCAAGAAGAAGAAGAGCAAGUCGGGUGCUGGCGACAAGGAGAAGCUCGCUGCCGACGCGGCCAAGGCUGAGAAGAAGAAGCUCAAGGGGUCGGAGGCCAAGAGCAAGAACAAGAGCGGCAAGGGGAACAAGGCCAAGGCGGCGGCGGCGGCGGCGCAAGAGUCCGAGUCGGAGGGCUCGGACUGGGACGUCGAGGACCUGGACGACAUUAACGAGUCUGAGCUCGAGUCGGACGACGACAACGCCAACGGCAGCGCCGCUCCCAAGGUCCUCGAGGUGGUGGACCCCUCUGCGGCGAUUGCGUCCGCUGUGGCUGCGACCAAGCGCGCAGAGGCUGCGGCGGAGAAGGAGCGCGGCAAGAAGAAGAGCGGCAAGGGCGGAAACGACAGGAAAGAGGUGGAGGACGACAAGGCGUUCCGCGACAGUCGAGGCGACACCGAUCGCAAGCGUACCGAAGAAGGAUUCCUCGUCUUCAAGGAAGCCGAGCUCAGCAUCGACCCCACAGCGGGCGGUACCCCUCUGUGCCCAUUCGACUGCGACUGCUGCUUCUAA